AUGGCAGCUGAUGGUGUCAACAACACACGCGACAUUGAGGCCCGCAAAGAAUUGUCCCAAUGUGAUGACUCAAUCACGAAUCAAACGGCUCAUAGAAUCGAUAACAACACUCCAAGUGGCGAAGUCGGUUUUGACAAAGCCGGAGGGACCGAAAGCGGAUCGAGGAAUAACGAUAAUGCUAAGGAGUUUCACACUCUGGCGGAUCAAAUUCCGUGUGUGCCACCGAUGCUAAAAGGUCCAGAUUCGAUAAAAUGCACACAGUUUCCGUUUAAGCCAAGUGCAACACCAGAACUAAUUCCGAAUAGAUUCAAGAUCCCGGACAUACCAAAAUACGAUAGGUCUUCGUAUCCGCAGGAGCACAUCACAACCUACACCACGACAAUGAAAGAAAACGACUUGGCUCAACAUGAGAUCGAAAUUGAGGACUGCCGACAUCUUCGCAAAGAGGUGGCGACAUUGUUGAAGAAUGGCCAUCAUAGGGAGUUCUUAAGUGACCGAGCCAAGAACGAGUAUGGCAGAAGCCUGGACAAUGCGGAGCCUUCAAAGGUAGUAGAAGGGUCGCCUCGGAUGGCUAUCAACAUCAACUUUAGAGGAAACAGAGUCAAUUGUGUAACCUUUUCAGCGGCUAAGAAAACAAAGAUAUUGGAGGACACUAAUGAUCUUCUUCUGCCGCCCAAUGACUUGGUAAUCUCUCUCAAUGUUUUAGAUUACAAAAUUAAACGUGUUUUGGUUGAUCUUGGAAGCUCAGCCAAUAUCAUCCAAUUAAGAGUGUUGGAGCAAGCGAAGUUAACUAUUAUUCCAGCGAUAAAACUCUUAGCUGGCUUUAACUUGACAAGCGUAACGACCCGAGGAGAGAUUUUGCUGCCUACACACGUCAAAGGAGUAACAAAGACCACUCUAUUCGAAGUUGUAGAUGAAGAUAUGGGUUUCAAUGUUAUCCUCGGAAUGCUGUGGAUGCACAAGAUAAAGGUCAUUCCCUCAACAUAUCAUCGGUUGUUGCAAUUUCCAAUGCCGGAAGGAAUCAAGAAAAUAAAAGGAGACCAACCGAAAAAGAGGGAGAUGAACGCGGUAAUCGUUUCUAAAAGCAAGGGGAAAGAGUCAAACAAAUAG